UUAAAUUAAAAAUAAAUAGUUUAGAAUUACAAUAAUAUUUUUUUUAAAUAAUUAUAAAAAUAUGUAUCGUAUAAUUUUUUGAUAAAUAUAAUAAUAAUAAUAUUAAAAUAUUGUUUAUUAUGUUAUUAAUGUUACAUAAAUAUUUAAUGAACUAUUGUGUAUCAGGUUAAAUAUACUCUUAUAUAUGUACAUAAAAGUCGUACUUUAAAUUAAAAAUAUCAAAACAUCAUGACAACGCAUAGUAAAUCAUUAAAUAUGAAAUGUAUUUUCAUUACAUCAUUAAUAGCAGGAGGAUUGGCUGGCACAAUAGUUGAUGUAAUAUUAUUUCCAUUAGAUACAUUAAAAACACGAUUACAAUCUAAACAAGGAUUUAUAAAGUCAGGAGGAUUUUCUAAUCUUUAUAAAGGAAUUCUUCCUGUAACAAUUGGUUCUGCACCAAGUGCUUCUUUAUUUUUUGUAACAUAUGAAAGUAUUAAAAGUAUAGCACAAUAUAAAAUACCUAAAAAAUAUGAUUCUUUUCUUCAUAUGAGCUCAGCAUCUUUAGCAGAAAUGGUAGCUUGUUUAAUAAGAGUACCCGUAGAAGUAAUAAAACAAAAAAAACAAGUUUCGAUGUUAGAUAGAAAAGAUAUUAAUUUUAAAAUGUUGUAUUGUGGUUAUUGGAGCACUGUGUUAAGAGAUAUGCCUUUUAGUUUAAUACAAUUUCCAAUAUGGGAAUAUUUCAAAAAAAUUUGGAGUUUACAUGUUGACAGAGAAAUUCUUCCAAUAGAAAGUGCUGUAUGUGGAGCAAUUGCAGGUUUAAAAUUUAUUAUAUUUAUAUUAUAUAUUAUUAUAUUAUUAUAUUUAUUUUUUUAA